CAACACUAGAUGUUAUAAGAAAACCUUCCAUAAUUCUCACUUAAUUUUCUCUCUCUUCCCUCCACAAGCCCCAAACAGCUUUCUCAGGUUCUGUGGAUCUCUCUAUAUCUCUCUUACACUUUUAAGGUGUCCAUGUCACUAAACUCUGUGCCAAGUGGAACACCUCUUGAAGAGAAAAUGGUGAGGUUUGGUCUUGGAAGCUCCACUGAUGAAGCAGAGCUCACAUCUGCAACUCCUGUGGCUCUCUAUGCCACUUACAAUGACAAGAUUCGGCCUCUGCUUGACGCGGUUGACAAACUACGCCAACUGAAGGUCAUGAAAGAAGGUAUUGAGCUCCCUACCAUCGUUGUUGUUGGUGAUCAAUCCUCUGGGAAAUCCAGUGUUCUUGAGUCCCUUGCCGGCAUUAGCCUCCCUCGAGGUAUCGGCAUCUGCACUCGUGUCCCCCUAGUAAUGAGGCUUCAACAACACUCAUCACCCGACCCAGAGCUUCACUUGGAGUUUAACAACAAAGAAGUCCCUACAGAUGAAGCCCAUGUAGCCCAAGCCAUUGAAGAAGCCACUAAAGAGAUUGCAGGUGAUUCUAAGGGAAUCUCCCAUACCCCUAUCACUCUUGUCGUGAAGAAGAAAAGUGUCCCUGAUUUGACCAUGGUUGAUUUGCCUGGAAUCACUAGAGUUCCUGUUCGUGGGCAGCCUGAAGACAUCUACGAGCAGAUUUCAAACAUAAUUAUGGAGUAUAUAACUCCAAAAGAGAGCAUAAUUCUCAAUGUCUUAUCGGCUACUGUUGAUUUCCCGACCUGCGAAUCGAUUAGAAUGUCUCAACGCGUUGACAGGACCGGCGAGAGGACAUUGGCUGUGGUCACCAAGGCUGAUCAAGCUCCUGAAGGUCUGCUUGAGAAGGUCACUGCAGACGAUGUGAACAUCGGGCUCGGUUAUGUCUGUGUAAGGAAUCGAAUUGGAGAAGAAUCAUAUGAGGAAGCAAGAAGCGAAGAGAAAAAAUUGUUUGAAUCGCAUCUCCUGCUUUCUAAGAUCAAUAAAUCCAUUGUGGGCAUCCCUGUUUUGGCACAAAAGCUUGUGCAGAUCCAAGCAACUAGUCUGGGGAAAUGCUUGCCAGACAUAGUGAGGAAGAUCAACCAGAAGCUCAGUUCCAAUGUUUCUGAGCUGAACAAAUUGCCCAAGCAUUUAUCCAAUGUGGCAGAUGCAAUGACUGCUUUUAUGCAGAUUAUUGGGUCUGCAAAAGAAUCUCUCAAGAAAAUACUCAUCAGAGGAGAGUUUGAUGAGUACCCAAAGAAGAAGGACAUGCAUUGCACAGCUCGAAUGGCUGAUAUGCUCAAUGGGUACUCGAAAGAACUAGAUCGAGUGUCGAAGGACUCUGCAGCGAAGUUCUUAAUGGAGGAAACUAAGGUCUUAGAGGAAGCCAAAGGGAUUGAGCUUCCCAAUUUCCUCCCUCGCACGGCCUUUCUUGGAAUAUUACAAAGGAGAGUCAAGGAGAUAUCGAAUACUCCAGUUGAAUUCGUUGAGAAGGUCUGGAAUUAUAUCGAAAGUGUGGUUGUUCAUGUCUUGACAUUCCACUCAGAGAGCUACCCACAGCUUCAAUCUUGUACCAGAAGGGCGGCACUGAAUUUGAUUUUGAAGAUGAAGGAUCAAUCUGUUGAUCGAGUGAUUGAGAUAGCGGAGAUGGAGAAGCUCACAGAUUACACAUGUAACCCAAAGUACAUGUCAAAAUGGAGCAAGCUCAUAGCACAACUACCGAGCUUCAUGGAGAACUUCAAAUCGUAUAAUAAGUUCGUGAUACAAGAUGUAGGUGAAGUGGAGGUUGAGCAUCUAAGAGGGUACCAUCAGGCCAUGUUGGAGCAGGCAUUUGACAUGAGAAUGAGAAUCAUUGCUUAUUGGGAGAUUGUGUUGCAGAGAUUGGUGGAUAACUUGGCUCUUCAUCUUGUGUUCAGUGUGCAGAACCUGGUGAACAGAGAGAUGGAGAAGGAGAUAGUGAAUGAGCUGAUGGGACCUAGUGGCCGUGGCAUCGAACGGUUGCUGGAGGAAUCACCUUCCGUGGCCACCAAGCGUGAGCGGCUCAACCAGAGUAUCAAGCUACUCAGGGAAUGCAAGGAAGUUUUGGGGAACAUUAUGGAUAGGAUUGAAGCUCCCAACCACUCUGUUGAUGUGGGCUUCUGAAUUCUGUUCUCCCCCCUUCAUAUUCCAUCUCUCCUAGGGUGGUCUACUAUAGUAUUUGGUGGUGUGUUUGGUUUGCUACUAUGGUGUUUUAUUAUGUUUUUUCCUCUUUUUUUUCCUGGGGUUGCUGUUGGGGAAGCUUUACUAUUGUGCCAAGUUCUAGUUAGGUACUCUUGCUGAAAUAAACUACCAAGUAAUUGAUAUCCUUAGGAUCUAAUAGCAGUUUGAUUGGGUUGGCAA